CCAAGAAUCUUUACCACCGAGCUUUUCGAAAACAUGCAUACCUCAAUCUGCAUGACAAUUCCUGCUUCUUCCAACGCUGUUUUGAAGCACUGUUUAAACCCAUUUCUGGGCAACUUUCUCCCUUUAAAUCCAUGCAAACCUCUAAGAAAAACUGCUUCUGUAACUACAACAAAAGCUCUUUUAUCAAGCUCAAAAGAAACUGUGUUGAAAGACUUCCAUGAACGAAGAGCUCUCAAGAUUAUCUCUGGGUUACAGAAUUUUGAUAGAGAUAACGUGGCUUCUGUUGUUACUGCCGCAGAUAAGGGUGGAGCAACUCACGUCGAUAUAGCUUGUGACCCAGAUUUAGUGAAACUUGCCAUCAGUUUAACUUCUCUUCCAGUCUGUGUUUCAUCGGUUGAUCCGGCUGCAUUUUCUGCUGCAGUUGAAGCUGGAGCACUGAUGGUGGAGAUUGGAAAUUAUGAUUCAUUUUACGACACCGGUGUCGUUUUCUCUACGGAGCAGAUACUAAAGCUAACGAAGGAGACUAGGAGCAUUCUUCCUUCUGUCACUCUAUCAGUUACAGUUCCUCACACACUGAGCCUCCCUGAUCAGGUCAAGCUUGCAGAGAUACUGGAAAAGGAAGGUGUUGACAUUAUCCAAACUGAAGGAGGAAAAUGCUCAACUCCUUCAAAAUCUGGUGUCCUUGGUUUGAUUGAGAAGGCAACACCAACAUUAGCAGCAGCAUACUCAAUUUCAAGGGCAGUCAAGAUUCCAGUAACGUGUGCAUCUGGACUUAGUGCUGUCACAGCUCCAAUGGCGAUUACAGCGGGGGCAGCCGGUGUGGGUGUGGGUUCAGCCGUCAACAAGCUUAACGAUGUCAUAGCAAUGGUUGCAGAAGUGAGAAGCAUUGCAGAAUCAUUGAAAAUGGAAGCUGAUAGCAAACAAAGUCCACCCAGAGAGAGGAGCUUCAAUAUAUUAUGAAAAAUAGAUAAAAAAAAUAAAAUGAAAA